CCAGGACUGGCCGGUCGGUGCCAUUGCUCUUAGGGAUCGCCGUAACUUUGGUUUAUCUUCGAAGUACCGGCAUUCAGGAAGGCGUUGCAGUGCAUCGUCUCACACUCGCGCAUUUACGCGUUACCGUGGAGUCAUGAGGGUGAGAAAGGUUCCGAAGGCCGAGGUGGAGAAGCCUGCCACAGACUCCAAGGAGGAGGAAGAGACCAACGGGGAUGCUGCUCCGCCCACCAAGAAGGCCAAGGCUGAACCGGCCAGGACGCGUCCCCAGCGUGAGAACAAGUCAGCAGGUGGGCGUCGCGUGAGCAGCCUGGAGGCAGCCGCCAAGGAAGGAGAGGCUCUUCUUAAGGAACUUGGCCACAAGGACAGCACCGACCCAGACAGCGGCCGCAGGCGCACACGCUCACAGACACGGGGCACCCCGGCUGCUCCCCCUGCACGGCAGCAGCGCCAGACACGGGCUGAGCCUGCACGGAAGACCCCUGCCAAGCCAGCGCGCGGUGCCAAGAAGGCUGCGGCCUCCAAGCGCAGUAAGAAGGAAGAGAGCGAAGAGGAAGAGGAGGAAGAAGAAGAGGCAGCUUCUGCGGAGGAGGCCUCAACGGCAGCCGCCAACGAGGAUGGGUCAGCUGAUAGCAAAGAGAAGAAAGACGAGAAGGACGAGGUAAACAACGAUGAGGAUGCAGGCAAGGCACGGCAAGCAGAUUCCGAGGAUGCCAACGCCGAUAACAAGGAGGAACCGGAGGUCAACAACAAGGAAGAGAAGCCAACCACAGACAGUGGCAGCAAGGCACCAGCUACGACGACAGCCGACACAAAAGUGGAUGCCGAACCCCCAGUUGCCAAGGAGAACGCCCUCGCAGGGGACAGUGUGUCGGCGCCUGCGGCCACCAAGCCGCCGGAGGAAGUGGCUGCCUAGUGUGCACAGUCUCGACGGCUGUGUUUCCUCUGGCAGGCAUCGCGCAUCCCCUCUCAGAUCACACAUUUCUUCGCAUCAUCCCAAUGUGAAGCCUGUUUGUUGCAGGCUUUGAGAGCUUCUGCCAUGCAUUAGCACUUCUUAGGUCCUCUUCCGGUUCUUCUGUUUGAUGCAGCAUUUCAGCUCGGCACAUCUCAGCAAUGGCCGACAUGGGAUUGAUCUGGCUGCACUUCACUCUUGCUGUCCCCCCCCCAGUCUUCACUGUGGGGAAGAAACCACGUAUUUAUUUGCAUUUUCAGUCACCUCCUACCAUGAGUCUAGGUUGCAGUUGUGUAUCUGCCUGGGCAAAAUGUUCUGGCAAACUGUGAGUCACAGGGCAUAUGCACUGCUUCUCACUUGUGCUGUUGUCUUGUGACAAGGCCCAUGAUGGAUGCAAGAGAUUUGCUUGGUAGAUGAGGCUAAGCUUUGUUUUAUGUCUUUUGUGCUUGGCACGUUUCAGUGAACUUUCAGUGCUGCUUUGACAGUGAGCUCUCUCCGUCUUGGUAUGACAACUUAUGCUGGCUCCCUUGGUCAGUUGUGAUGUCUUGCAAAGGAUGAAUAUGGAAAUAAUUGCACUAGCACUGGCUUUGAUUGUUGAUAUCAGUUGUUAUGGUUGUCGACUUGCUCGACCUUGUCUGAAACAUAAAGCCUAUAAGCUCAUUUUAGCAGCAAACAGGAUCCACAUUGGGAUUACAUUGAACAAAAGGACAUUGGAGCCAUAGACUUUAAGAUCAUUUGAUGACCCAGUCAUUUUUUUUUUUUUGAAAACUUAAUUGUCAUUGGCUGCUGGAAAGCCAAACUCAUGCAGGAGUUGUUUGCAUAAAGUCCUCAGCUUGCCUUGGAUUUUGAUCAGCUGUCAGUGAAUGUGUUGUCUAUCUGCUAACACUCAGCUGCCAGCCUGGUCCUGGGUGCACCAGCUUGUGCAGACUUGAUGCUUGGCACGGGUUGACUCUGUGUGUAUUUGUUUAGUAAUGUUUAAUAUGCUUGUUCCCGUUUUUCAUCCACAAAUCGUGUUCAUCUUCUUUUUGUUUUGUCCUGCAGUAAGGCUUGCAGAAUAAGGUGUGACGGGGAAGCAUGUAAAUUCAUAAUUUUUUAAACUAAAGCUGUUUUUAGGAUAGAAAUUUGUAGCUCUGUUAGAUGUUCUUCCUCGGUGUUGGUGGUUGUGCUAACAUAAGAUACCCUGCUUUUAUUAUAAAUGGGAUCAGAAUGCAGACCCUUUCUUGCAAGUGAGGGGAGAGUGUUAUGUUCUGAGUGGAAGGAGAGCAGAAAGAAAUGUGCACAACCGUCGGCACUAGGGCUACUUUCUGGGCGACCAUUUCAAUGAUUCACUCUUUAUCCUCUUUUUUAAGGCUGCAUUUUAUAUUUUCAUGCCCCCUGGGUGACGAACACACAGGGCAUCUCCUUUCUUCAGUCAUUAUUGUAGUAGUCAGAAGGCUGUUUCUUUAUUCAUGAAAUUCCAUUGCACAUUUGAACAGUUCAACCAAAGCUGUGCAAUCCUGCUUGCUUCUUUGGCAUGUCAUGUUGCCAAGAGUCAAGACUAGCAUGCAUCAAGAGUUUGGGUAGAUUUGAAGGGACAUUUUCGGCUCUGAAUUUACUGUCUUUGCAGAGUGUCAUUUCCUAGUUUGUAAUUUGGUCCACUGUAGCUUCUAUAACAUAACAGGAGCGGGGGCUUUGACUAGCUUGCAUUAGCCUACUGCCCUUUGUUUUCCACGCAGCCCUUUCAAAAAGCCGCAUCUCUGAACAAAAGUGUUUCCUUAUGCCGGUGCACUGUAAAUACACGCAUUUGCUUCCUCACCACAUUCGUCAAUUAAAUUAGGGGAUUGGCUCUUGAACAUGAUCAUUUUGGCUCACGUCAGAUUAUAAAUAUGCUCUUCAGGCACACCCUGCCCACUUUUUUUUUUCAUGCAUUGAUUGAUGAGAGGCAGGAACAGCGUGCGUGUGUACAUGUGCAUUGUGUGGCUGGUUGGUGGAUUAUUGCGCAAAUGCGGCGAGUGUCCUGCACACUGCUGCUUUAGCGCAGAGCUCAAGUCUUGGAGGCCUCGCCUGUGGGUUGCGAAUGCUCUUUGGUAGUCUGGUGUUCCCAAGCCUGACUGUGUGGGUUUUGUGAAAGCUUCAUCCCCGCCAUUACACUGAUGGUGGCAACCUGUCCUAUUAAGGAUGCAGAGUCUUUGCUGACCGAGACCGAUUGUACAGGAGCAAGACAUGGUGUAUUUUGCGGCUUCUACGUCUGCAACUGCUUCGGCGUGCGUAUAAGUGAGGGAGGGGUUUCAAUACAGAAAGAAUGCGUAAGCAAGCUCUUGCUUUUUAUAGUGUGGUACUGGUCGGUGGUUUUUAUACUGUGUUCUGCGAGCUCAUGUGUGCCAAUUGCGACUGCAAAAUGCAGUGGCGUGUAGUCAGACUGGCUCGGAUGGAUCUUGAAGCGCGUUUUGCUACGAACCCUUUGUGUAAUGGCUUUCUUGGUGGCAUGUGGUGCCUGUGACCACCAUCGAGUCUGUCAGGUAGUUUCACAGCUGACCUGAGAAAACCAUCGUUAUACAAAAGAAAUCCCCUUUCACUUUGUCAAAUCUAUAUCGGUUUUUUAGUGGUUUAACCACCGUAAGCUUGGUGACCUCACACUAUGUGGAAGUGUAGUGUACUGUCUCAAAGGAUGUGUUUAGACUAGGCUGGAAAAAGCACCCGAGGGCACUGGACUCUGUUCUAUUGAAAAAUUACUCCCGUAUUCAAAGAAGUUACCCGACAUCAUUGUAAUGCUUAGCGAAUGCACCCAAGGAAAUGCAAUGAGUGUCACGGGCAUGUUCGUGCUAGGCGUUUCUUCACCUGGACUUCACCAAAUUGCAGAUCAAAGUUGGGGAGCAUUUAUGAAUACGGGGGAUUGUGUGCUGAACCUAAGCUCCCCUGAUUUCAAUGUUCUUACCUUCUCGGAAGCUGCAAACCUUAGUAAUGUUUACAAAGCAUGAGCCCAGGCAUGGAGCCCGUUUGCUUGACAACUAUUUUUGCACGCGCGCUCGAACAUUGCGGUCAGUAAUUGUCUUAGCUCUCCUUGCAUCCUCCUGUCCGAAUGCUUCACAAAGUGGCUCUUUUCCUCCUGCUCUCUUUUCUGUUCCUUUGCUAACAGCCAUGCUUUU